CUCGCUCUCUCCCCCCCCCCCCCCCGUCCCUAGAGGACCAGCAGCAUGGACGACAUCUUCACGCAGUGCCGGGACGGCAACGCGGUGGCCGUCCGUCUCUGGCUGGACAACACGGAGAACGACCUCAACCAGGGGGAUGACCACGGCUUCAGUCCUCUGCACUGGGCCUGCCGGGAGGGCCGCUCCAGCGUGGUGGACAUGCUCGUCAUGAGAGGUGCGCGCAUCAAUGUCAUGAACCGGGGGGACGACACGCCCCUGCACCUGGCAGCCAGCCACGGCCACCGUGACAUUGCCCAGAAGUUAAUCCAGUUCAAGGCUGAUAUCAACGCAGUGAAUGAGCAUGGAAACAGCCCCCUCCAUUACGCCUGCUUCUGGGCCCACCAGCAGGUGGCUGAGGAUCUGGUGAUGGCCGGAGCCCUUGUCAGCAUCUGCAACAAGUAUGGGGAGACUCCGCUGGACAAGGCCAAGCCCCCGCUGCAGGAACUGCUGAGAGAGCGUGCGGAAAAGUUGGGCCAAAGCCUCACCCGCAUUCCUUACAAGGACACCUUCUGGAAGGGCACCACACGAACCCGACCCCGCAACGGGACUUUGAACAAGCUGGCUGGCAUUGACUUCAGGCAGCUGAGCCUGGGCCACAAACUCAACGAGAACCAGUCGGGAGAGCUCUGGAAAGGGCGUUGGCAGGGCAACGACAUUGUCAUCAAGGUGCUCAAAAUCCGUGACUGGACCACCCGGAAGAGCCGAGACUUCAACGAGGAGUAUCCAAAGCUCAGGAUAUUCUCCCACCCCAACGUCCUGCCAGUGCUUGGUGCCUGCCAGUCGCCGCCAGCGCCCCACCCCAUCAUCAUCACCCACUGGAUGCCUUACGGUUCCCUCUACAACGUCCUCCACGAAGGCACCAACUUUGUGGUGGAUCAGGCCCAGGCAGUGAAGUUUGCGCUGGACGUGGCCCGUGGCAUGGCCUUCCUGCACACCCUGGAGCCUCUCAUCCCACGCCACUAUCUCAACAGCCGCAGCAUCAUGAUAGAUGAGGAUAUGACGGCCCGGAUCAGCAUGGCGGAUGUGAAGUUCUCCUUCCAGUGCCCAGGCAGGAUGUAUGCACCAGCAUGGGUGGCACCCGAGGCUCUGCAGAAGAAGGCAGAGGAGAUCAACCGGCGCUCGGCCGACAUGUGGAGCUUUGCAGUGCUGCUGUGGGAACUGGUGACCCGGGAGGUGCCCUUUGCUGACCUUUCAAACAUGGAAAUCGGCAUGAAGGUGGCCCUGGAGGGAUUGCGACCCACCAUCCCUCCAGGCAUCUCUCCCCACAUCUGCAAACUAAUGAAGAUCUGCAUGAAUGAGGACCCAGCCAAGCGCCCUAAAUUUGACAUGAUUGUCCCCAUCCUCGAGAAGAUGCAGGAGAAAUAAAGGGGCUGGCGCAGGACUGCAGCCCCCCCCCCAGCUGCCCCAAGUGCCUUUGGGAGGCGCUAUUCAUGGGACGUACGGUACACAGGUGGAAGCGCUGCCUCAACCUCAACCCCAUCGGGCAGAGGAGGGGGUGCCCAGCUGCCUUAGCCCAUUCAGCUCCUUCCAUGCCACCUCUGCUGCCUUUAGAACUGCUCUGUGUAACCAAUGCCACCCUCGCCCGUCUGCACCCCCCAACCUCAUUUUACAGUCUCCUUACACUCCAGCACGUGCCAGCCUCUGUGCCACUUGGGUCAUAUCUUUUCAGUGCAAUCCCUGAGCAAAGCCAUGGGGUUGAAAUAAUAAUAAACUUGCUAUUACAGGCAG